AUGAGACUAUCAACUUUUCCGUUUCUUACUGCGGAUGAGUUCUCGUUGAGCUGUCAGGUCCUGAUAAACCUCGUUGACAGCUAUGGUAGACAGUUGAACUCUCUCGGAUGGGUAGACGUGAGAUUUGAUACGAGCGCCGAUGAACCGGUUCUGGCAGUCAGAAAAUAUAUUGGCUUACAUGCUACAAAGGAGCUGGACAAUACAGAUGUCGAGAAUGAAGAAGACGUAGAAGCAGAUGAUCCCGAAGCCCUUAUUCGACAGCCCAUUUUACAUCACAAACACGAAGUGGAGUAUAAUAUCAUACUAUCGCCAACGUACCAGGUUCCUGUGCUAUACUUCUUCCUGCGAGAUGGGCCACCAUGUAGGCCGAACGAGCUCGAGAGGAUGUACAAUAUGUUGGUUCCUGCUCAGUUCAGAUCGGAGUUGAGAGAGAUAGGGGUCAUGGGGGGUAUAAGCAUUACUCUUCCCUCCUUUACUCGAAGAUCGAAGCUCAUCGAAAACAACAAUAAGAACCACCCCAUCACCGGAAUACCGGUGUACUUUGUCCACCCGUGCGCUACUGGUGAGGCGCUCAAGAGUGUAGGGGGUGACAAGGAGCAGACGACUGAAACAUAUCUGCUGCUCUGGCUGGGAUUGAUAGGGAAUUGUGUCGGUUUAAACGUCCCUCUGGAAUUUGUUGCACAUGUAGAGAAGGCAUAG